UCGUCAGCCUGCAGCAUCAGAAAAUAACGGGCCAAACACACUAAUAUAUCCCGGGUAUUUUAAUCGCUCCGGAAGAUGGUGGCUAAACAGAGGAUCCGCAUGGCCAACGAGAAACACAGCAAGAACAUCACGCAGAGAGGAAACGUAGCCAAGACGCUGCGACCACAAGAGGAGAAGUAUCCCGUGGGCCCCUGGUUGCUUGCCCUAUUUGUAUUUGUUGUGUGUGGAUCAGCCAUAUUUCAGAUCAUUCAGAGCAUCCGCAUGGGGAUGUGAUUCAGGAGGCGUCUCCGGACCCCGGCCCCAUCCCUUCAUGCCCUCACUGAGCCUGGCUAGCCCGCGCCUGCACACCCCCGACCCCCUCCAGAGGCUCAGAGACUGACGCCGGAGCUUCGGAUCCAGCAGAUCUCAGAGAGCAAAGCUUCCCUGUCCACCGCCUCCAUUAGCCCCCUCCUACGGACAUGUCCCUACCCUUGAUCAGCAUUUACAGUGUUGCAGCCUGUGGUACUGACAACUUUUCUAUGGACAGUCUAAAACCACGCUGGCUGGAGAACGUGUGCAUCAUUACUCACUUGGCACCUGUCUGUGUGAAGGUGUGAGACUGUUGAUGUGAGACUGUGUGCGGCCAGUGAUUCCUGCUGACAAUGUGCCAUAUCUGUCUGUUUCAGUAUUCGUCUGUGUUGUGUGAGAAGAAUCUUUUUUCAAAUAAAUGUC